AUGACUGUAACUCAAGAAAAGAUCACAGAACCUUUCUUCAGUGUACAUGUGCUUGUAUUGCACACGAUUCUUGGUGCGAUGUUACAGUUGGAAAUGAGCUUUUGUGACAGUCACAACCAUCUAACACUGCUUAGGUUCUUCACAAGUGAGAGAUACUUGGCCCAGGAGUUUUCCGUAUUCUUGCAAACAAAAUACAAAGUUUCAUCUUAUUCGGCUGAGUUCUUUAUAAGAUAUAGUAUAAAUAUAAAGACAAACCAUUAUGAAGCUGCUGGAUCAGACAAGAUCGUCGUCGAUGAAGCGACUGUCCUAAAAUAA